UCGCGCUCCUCUCGCCCAUCACUGGAGGUCACACACGGCUGCGUGAGAAGCGGCAAAAUAUGGCGCUAUCACUCUCAGCCAAUGGGACGGCCGCUUCUCACAGGUUGCGGCCGACGUCAUCGGCGGGGCGGGAGCGCGCAUCCAGGAAGGGCACGAGACGAGAGUCAGCGGGCGGCGAGAUCGCGCACUCUUCUUUUGGCCACACCAAUGUCUCCUGAGUAACCGGCUGCCAGGAAUGGAGGACCCGGAGCCCUGCGACGGGGCGGGCGCCGCCAGACGGAUUACAGCAUGAUAAAACAUUCGCUGCUUUUGUGGUCCCUAUUAACAGCCAGCGAGUGAGGCGUCGUUUGCUUUGAUUCCGGGCCGGCUGUAAGUUAACGACGAGCAAGGAUGGAUGCAUCUUCGAUUACAGGCCAGUCUGGUCAGCCCGAGCCAGUCCGAGCAGGCUGGGUUCAUUGGGUGUAAAGUAAAAAAAAAAAAUUAAUAAUAAUAAUAAUAAAAAAAAAAAAAAAGCAGCGGGCUCCUAUCUGCUGGCUCGUGGGGACUUGAACCAUGUCCGCGUUCUGCCUCGACCUGAGCACGUCCGGCGUGGGUUCAGCACCGCUAGAGCUGGACAGCGACUCCGUGGAGCGGUGUCUCAACGAGCCCGGAGGCGGCCCGGUUCAACCGCUGCGCCACGCCGGCUCCGGAGGCCUCGGCGUGGCGUUGGAGGAGGAACUGGCCGUGCUCAGCGAGGAGCAGGAUGGCGCGGGAGCGCUCUCGCUGGACCACAACGCCGACUUGCUGGCUCUCUUCCGCCAAAAGGAAAAGGAUUUGUUUUUAGCUGCCAAACUGGGCAAAGCUCUGCUGGAAAGAAACCAAGAUUUGACCAAGCAAUAUGAGAAAAUGCACAAAGACCUCAACGACAAAUUAGAGCACUUGGAGCAGGAGAAGCACGAGUUGCGUUGGCGUCUGGAAAAUCGAGAGGGGGAGUGGGAGGGCCGCGUGGCCGAGCUGGAGACGGAUGUCCAGCAGCUGCAGGGAGAACUGGAGCAACACCAGGUCCAGCUGAGAGAGGCGGACAGGGACAAAACUAAGGUCAUCGGUGAGCUAUCCGAACAAAACCACCGCUUGCUGGAACAACUUCGAAGGGCUGCAGAGGUGGAGAAGCAGCUAUCCACUCAGGUCCAUUCAUUACGGGACGACUUCAGGGAGAAGAGUACGUCUACAAGACAGCACAUGACACGAUUAGAAACGCUACAAGCUGAAAUUAAGAUGCUGUCGGAGAGGAAGAUGGAGCUGGAGCGGCGGGUACAUGCCAUGCUGGAGGAGAACGAAGUGCUUAAGAAUACUGUGGAAGAUCUCAGAGACAGGACGCUGGUGCUGGAGAAGCAGUGUCACGAGAAGGACCUACAGUUGCGGCAGAAUCAGGUGGAGCUUCAGGAAGUUCAGUUGUCCCACAGGCAGCUAACAGCUCGGCUGGAGGAACUGACGGAGGAGAGCAGCCUGCAUAGCCUCACCCCCCACCAGUCCAGCCUGAUGUGUGAGAUAGAGCAAAGCAUGGAGCAAGAGGAGCAGGAGCAGGAGAGAGAGCAGCUGCGUCUCCAGCUGUGGGAAGCCUACUGUGAGGUGCGCUCGUUGAGCUCCCAUCUCCGAGGUAAUGACGUCACAGACUCUGCGCUAUCCACAGACUCGUCCAUGGACGAGUCCUCGGAGACGUCCUCGGCCAAGGAUGUGCCAACCGGGAGCCUUCAUGCCAGCCUGCUAGAACUACGCAGGCUAACACAGAACCUGCUGGAUGGAAACGAGUCGACGGGUUCUCGGCGCAGUGACGAGGAAGCUCUGGAGGAGCAAGUGAAGAAGCUGGGAGAAGAGCUGAGAGAAGUCCGAGAGCUGUAUGAAGCUGAGCAGGACAAGACGCACAACAGUAAAGAAGAGUUGCUGCAGUUGCACAAUCAGAUGGCGCUGCUCUCAGUAGAAAUGUGUUCCCUCCAAGAGGAAUCCGAGCGGAUGAGGACCAUGGCAGAGGUCCGAGAGCCCAGCGAGCAGCUCCAGAGUGCCAUUAAAGACAGAGAUGACGCUAUAGCCAAGAAGAAGGCAGUGGAGAUGGAGCUGGCCAAGUGUAAAAUAGACAUCAUGUCUCUAAAUAGUCAGCUUCUGGAUGCCAUCCAGCAGAAGCUCAAUCUGUCACAGCAGCUGGAGGCCUGGCAGGACGACAUGCACAGAGUGAUCGACCAGCAGUUAAUGGACAAGCACCAGGACGAGUGGCGCUCCACGCCGUCGUCCGCCUCCGCGUCCAGGUCGUCGAGAGCUCCCGGCGCUCAGUCCUCCAGGCGAGCUCUCCGCCUCUCUGACCGGGACCGGAAACUUUUCUCUUUCUUCAAAAAGAGCUGAGUACACGAGACGGAGGCGACGCCAGAUCACGUGGAGAGGAGAGAGUGACAUGGCAGCGCAGGUGUGAACAACGCAGCCAAAGACGGACAGUGGCAGACUGCAAAGACGUUUCAGCAUUUAUUCACUAUCCUUGAUAGCUGUACCAGUAUGCUCUUGGUCCUCACAAGUAAGACAAUUCUGCCCACUAGUACAACGACUAUGGCGCAUUAAUAGAACUAUCUUACAAACGAUCAUUUUUCCCACUACCGCCUUCCUUGACUGUAUGACAUUUCUGCACACUUGUAAGCCAACUGUGGCAUACUAGUAGGAUAAGUGUUACUAGUGAGGCAAAACUGUGCACGAGUUGACACUACUACUACUACUACUACUACUACUAGUGAAGUUGACUGGCUGUUAAACAGUAGAAUUAAUAAAGUCACAAGUAGUAAUAGUAGGAUGCAUAUUCAAUAUGUGCACAGUUUUGCCCCAGUAAUAACAUACAGUUGUCCUACUAUCCUACUACGUUUGUAGGAUGCCAACGUUGUCCUACUAGACAAGACAAAGCGUGUACUGGUACACGGACCCUGAGCUGGAUAUCAAGGAUAUUGAAUGAUAGAAAGCCGUUUGAACAAUGAUUUAAUAUCCUUGAUAUCCAUCUUGAGGUCCAUCUACUAGAACACGCUUUGUCUUCAUUAAUAACACAAUUCAGGGCACUAGUAGAAAGUCUUUCUUGUAAUGCUUGUUGCAUUACUAUCUUCCACGACUGGAUGACAUUUCUGCACACUAGAAAAGUGCUUCUCGAACGUUUUGCUCCAAGUACCACCUCCAAAAAUACAUGUCUCUCCAAGUGCCACCAUGAUACCCAAGAUUAAAAUACAGAAGUGUAAUAGGCCCAAGUGUUCAUCAAAAACAAGGCAGAGGUUUUAUGCCUGAAAGGUAUAUUCAAUGUUAUUGUAAGCCACUGUAAUAUUCUGCACAGUUUGAACAUGAACACUGUGCUUAACAGUCGGAAAGUAAAAAAACAAAAUUUAAAUCAUGAUUCAUUAACAUAUUGUACAUACAAGUUUGAAUACACGUUGAACCUAAAUAAAUGUUUGAAAGCAAACAGUUCUAAAAGAUGCAAUGCAAAUGAAUGUACUUCAAAGUUAAAUACAACUGAAUUUCACUUAACAAAUAUACUGUACUGGAUUGAAAAGAAAGUUGAAUCCAGUAUAUUAUAUUAUGCACAGUUUGCUAAUUUAAUUCAGUGAUUCUUCCGCAUACCACCAGAAGGAGACUGUGUACCACUAGUGGUACUUGUACCAUACGUUGAGAACCGCUGACUUAGAAGGACAACUUUAGCAUACUUGGAGGAAAACUACGUUACUAGUGAGGCAAAACUACUUUCGGUACAAUUAGUAGGGUCCAGGAGGCUACCAGUGUGUGACACAUGCCUACCAGUUGUGUUACUAGUGCAGCACAGUAGUUUAGCAGUAAGGUUUAAUUGUGUAUUCGUAAGCCAAAAGUGGCAAUAGCAGUGGGACAAAAACAUUACUAGUAAGACACAGUCAUUGUACGUGGGUGCAGAAUUGCCUUGCAAGUAAGGACAAACAGCGUACGAGUUCAUGGAUGUCAAGUAUACGCUGCAAAAACUCAAAUCUUACCCAGUGAAUUUAUCUUAUUUGUUGUGCAAACAUCUUACUGUGCUUAUUUUAAAACAGCCAUGACUUUUUUUUUUCAGCAAGACAAAAAGACUUAAAAGACAUUUUUGCUGAAUUCAAACAAUUCUGCAAGGAAGGGAAGGGCCAAAAUGUCUCCACAGAGACGUGAAAAGACUCAUUGCCAUUUUAUCGAAAACCUAUGAUUUCAGUUGUCGCUGCUGAGGGUGGUCCGUCCAACUAGUUAUUAGGUUUAAGGGGCCAUUACUUUUUCUCACAGGGCCAGGUAAUUGGAUACUUUAGUUUUUUUUUUCUUAAUCAAUUUAAGAAAAUGGACGAAUGUUUGAAUGUGAGUGCAAAUGGUUGUUUGUUUGUAUGUGUCCUGCGAUUGGCUGGCAACCAGUUCAGGGUGUACCCCGCCUCCUGCCCGAUGAUAGCUGGGACAGGCUCCAGCACGCCCGCGACCCUUGGGAGGAGAAGCGGCUCAGAAAAUGGAUGGAUGGAUGGAAUUUAAAAACAGCAUUUUAAGUUCACUUGGGUUACAUUUUUCUGAUAUUUACAUUUGUUUGAUCGUCUUUAACAUUAAAGUGGGGAAACUAUGCAAAAAUAUAAGAAUUUGAGAAGGGGGCCAAUACUGUAAAAAGUAUUGGCCCCCAAUACAGUGGCAGAUUUUUUUUGCACUUAUUUUAGGGGCAAAAUGUUUUAAGUGAAAACAAUCUGCCAAUGGAACUAGUUUGAACUGACUUGAUACGACUUAAAAUAAGAUCUUGUAUCUUACAACAAGUCUUUUUGUCUUCCUGAAAAUCCCUCCAUCCAUUUUCUACACCACUUGUCCUCAUCAAGGUCGCGGGCAUGCUGGUGCCUCUGCCAGCGAACUGCGGGCAGGAUGCGGGGUCUUCAAUGAACCUACAACAUAUGUUUUGGGGAUGUGGGAGGAAAACCGGAGUACCCAUGCAGGCACGGGGAGAAUACGCAAACUCCACCCAGGCGAGGCCGGAUUUGAACCCGGGUCCUCAGAACUGUGAGGCUGAUGUGCUAACCAUUCGCCGUGCCGCCUCUUGCUGAAAAUUUAGAGGGGGGGGGGGGGGGAGAAAAAAAUCAACUGUACUUAAAAUAAGUACAGUAAGCUUUACGAGGCACGAGUUUAGUUUUUGCAGCGUAUGCAAUAAAUGCUUCAAUGUAUUUCUAUACAGGUUCGAGGGGCUUGUGCUUGUUGCACUUUAUCUUUUGUUCCUUGUCUAAUUCUGAUGAUUCGGUCACAACGCGACAUCAAUCCUCUUCUAAAAGACGACUUGUAGGACAUGAUCAGGGUCCCAACGUUUACUUGUACUGAGGAAGGUUUCCUUGUAGUGCCUACGUGCCAUCGCCACUCCCCACUGCCGAGCCCGUUCGAGACUCAACAUCCCUUGUGUCAGGCGAAUGACGCGGAAUUGCAGCAGCUGGAACCGUGAUCGGAAUGUGUUGAUGGUUGCAUGACAGCACCUGACUCUGACUGGAGUUCAUUUGUUUGAGAGUUUAUUCAUUUGUUUGGGAUGUGUUAGAACACAAGGCCACAUCAACGUGUAGUUUGUAAUGGAAAAAAUCUCACGUAACACCACGCAAAAAAAGUACAUACAGUAAAGCGCCGCAUAUUUGCAGUUGGGCAUUCACAAAUUUGCUUCUUUGUGGAUUAUUUGCUGGUAAUGUGCUCAAGCCAAAGUCAUCUUUUAUAUCAAAAUAUUGAUUGGUGCCAUUUUGCAGUAUGUUGGUGACCAGGAGCUAUGUUGAAGUUUGGGGAGGAGCUUCAUUUAGUCAGCCCCAUUGCCUUGUCCAAUCGAAAAAAGUACUUUGUCACAAUCUUGGGGCAUCUAUAGGCAAUUACAAACCUUUUUGGGUUGGCAAUUACUUGCGGAUAUUUGCCAUUAUAGUGGGGUCACUGUGGACCGUAAUAAUGAUAAGCCCGUCUCAAAUGAUUCUCUCAAAUUUACUUGCUCACUGAGCCUGUUUAGUGGAACACAAUUCUGUUGUAUGACUGGUUCCUGGAAAAGACUUCCAUUGUUCUGCCUGUCCCGCUGGCAGAGAUAGAUUUAAAAAGAUCAUCAGCAGAAACAAGUUCUGUCUUGCACUGAACUUUUCCUUUGGAUACUUUCCAUUCCCAGUGACCUACGGGAGGCCUUCAUGUUGAUCUCCAACAUUUGAAUAAACCUGCGAGUUUAACAUCCCCGAUGCACGCGUCACGUACUCGCGCAUGAGAAGACGCUGUCCUCUAUUAUUUCAAACAUUUUUCUAGGCAACCAAAUUCUUCCAAUGUUUACAUGAGCGUGAGAAGGAGGACAACAAAUGUUGCAUUUCAUAUCACGAAAAUACAUGUUGACUUGAAACAGAUGAGUGUACACGGUAAUAUUUUUAGCUGGGAAAAAAAAAAAAAGUCUACCUCCAUCAUCACUGCUUCAAUACUUCAUGAGCACUUUGAGUUGUUACUAAACUGUCAGGCUUCCGUUGAGGUGACGUGACGUGAAUGCCUUUUUGUUGUUGUUUUGUGCGCUGCCGUGUUAGCUCCUCUUUGUCUGUACGUGCGCGCGCGCGAGUGUAUGUUUGAGCAGCUGUGCAAAACCUAUGCAGAUGUCAUCUUCAGCCGGUUGUUUGAAGGGAGAAACCCAAAGACUGAUAUAUAUAUAUAUGUAUAUAUAUAUACAUAAAGUAUAGAAAACAAUUCUGAUUAGGUCUGGAGGACGUGAAUAUAUUUAUAGAUAAAAUCCAUACCUUUUCAGUAAAUACUUUUUAAAAUAUUCAUUUGUUUUUCUUUAGUUUGUUUUUAAAAAUGUUUUUUUUUUUUUUUUUAAGGGACUGAUAACGUGGCAAGAGGAACAUAGAGUAUAGUCACCUACAUGGCCUCAUAAAGCUUUCAUAUUUGAACACCAAUCGACAUUAUCGCCAUCAUUUUAGCAAUUCAUCCAGUUUCUAUACCACACCCUGGACUGGUCGCCAGCACGUAGACAAACACUCACAUUUCCACCUAUGGCCGAUUUAGACUACAGUGUUCGAUUAACCUAAGAUGCAUUUAAAAAAAAAAAUCAUAAUAAUUUGUAAACAUUCAUUUCAUGUGAACAUUUGUUCUUGUUUUUGGAUCCAAACGAUCAAACGCCAUGUUGUGGGGUAUGGCAGUGAUUCCAGAGGUCCAGUGAUGCUCGCCGAUUAUUGAUGAGGUUGCUUGUGGACUCCGCCGAGCUGCUCUGGGUACACAUGGCUGCAAUCAGAACAUGGGGAAUAGCAUCAGUGUCUAUACGUGAAUGAGGAUUUGCUCAGCACACGAGAGAAAACUGUCUUUCAUUCCCACUGCAAUUAUCCCGUGUUGUUAUUGUUGGUUUUCUUUUUCGUCGCUUACGUGUACGUACAUUGUUGUUGAAAUGUGUUUCAUGCCGACAGUGUGACGUCACGUUCAGAAUGACAAUGCUAGCGAUCUCGUCAGAGAAUGACGGUUUCUUUUUUGCUCCGUUUAUAUCGAUAAAGCCAUUCAUGAUGACUCUUUAUGAAGAGUGCCUUAUACACUGUUUUUUGAUGGGCAUGUGUGUCACAAUCCAUUGAACGUGUGAUCUCUGGUGAAAAGUUCAAAGAAUAAAUGCCAGUCACUCUU